AUGGCAGAGUCACCGACGAUGGACUCGUCUGGCUCGGGAGACAAGCAAUUGAUUCCACGAUUUGCCAGUUUCAAACCCCCUCUGGCCCCUCCGGCCCCUCCGGCCGACCACAACAAUGAGAGUCAUGACAGACAUGGCUCAGACCACCCUCACCAUUUUAGUGUGGUGAAACCGAGGGAACGUGCGAAAUACAAGACUCUGUCGCCCCCUCAUAAAGAGGACACUCGAGGUCGCCGUCGCCGCCAUGUCCCCCAAGGACAUGAUAGUGCCAGUGUUCGCCGGCACUUCCACGAGCGUUACGGAGAUCCCCCAAAAUUGGGCUCCUUUUUCCCUGACUUUACUGAGGCUCCUGAGCAUGUGGAGUCUGAAGAGAAGAACGAUCUUUUUUUUAUUGACCUUGAAGGUGAUCCGUACAUGCUCAAAUAUGGAAUGGGUAAUCGCUACAGCGUUCCCAAAUUCCCUCUGUUUGGUGGCGGACGCAUUCUCGGUCUUCCCAGCAACCUCAGAAUCGAUUUUGAGGCCACAAAUGCCAGUUCGCAGGCCUUCUGUGAUGAGCUGGUCCUCAAGGACAUUGUCGCUCAAGACAGAGUGAGACCCAACCGAAUUUGGUCUAAGCUUUCCUCAUCUGAGAACGCGACCCUUCUUCGUCCCCGAAAUGACCAAACCUCGGAUCUCCAAGCAGAUUGGAUCAAAGAUUUCAUCCCAUUUGAGACUUCAGAUGAAACACACCUGCCAGAUGCGCUGCCUAGCAAUGGCGAAAAUCACACCGGAGCACCCGAAGCUGCUCAGGUGGACCCCGUAUCAGAGAUUAUGCAACGCAAUGGGGAACUUGUCCGUGCGGUACAAGCAGAUCUGACGGAUGCACAGUCUUGGAUUCGGUUGAUUGACUACCAAGACUUUGUGCUCUUUGGCCCCCAGAAAGACAAUCGCUCGCUCAGUUAUAGCGAGCGGCAAGUCCUGGCCGACAAGAAGUUCGAUCUGUACGAACAGGGUUUGAACCGUGUGAGCGCGGGCCCCGGUCGGGAAAGGCUCUUCCUGGCAAUGCUGGAAGAGGGAGCCAAAGUCUGGGACACGAAACAGCUUUUGAAGCAGUGGCAGUUUGUCGUGGAAGCAGAGAGCGAAUCUGUCUAUCUACGGGUGAAAUAUCUCGAUUUCUGUCAGACGAACUUUCUUGAAUUCAACGUCGACGUGUGCUGGCAGGCGUUCCUUGACUGCAUGCAGCUCAAUGCAGAUUUCACGGAUGAUCCUCAGAAGUCUCAAGUGCAAUGCUAUCUUUUUCUACGCCUGACCCUCUUUCUGCGUGAGGCUGGCUAUAUGGAAAUGGCAGUGGGCCUCUGGCAGGCAGUGCUCGAGUUCACUUGCUUCCGACCAAGCUCAGUCGCGCGAAAUCUCGAAAUGGCUCUGUCGGAUUUCAAAGAUUUCUGGGUGUCAGAGGUGGCACGUAUUGGAGAAGAGGGUGGACGGGGUUGGAAGAGCCGUACGGCCACUGAUGUUGCUCCCCUCUCCCACGAGUACAAGACCAAAGUUGACACCCGGCGCCUCGUGGUAUCCUGGGCGGCUGCGGAAAGAGAACGGAUCUGCAAAUCUCGAAUGCCGAGCCGCGCCAACGAUGUCAUGAAUGAGAUCGAUCCGUGCCGGUCCGUCAUCUUCCCUGACUUACGACAAAUUUUACCACAUUUCUGGAAUUUCAAUGCCAGGGCUGUCAAUAUGCUUGUCGAAUGCUUCUUGCGUUUCUGCCAUCUACCUUGUCCGACGACCGUUGAUAAUGUGUACUCAAUCCGGCUGUGGGAUGGUGACAGCUUCCUUCGAAAUGAGCUUGUGUCCAAUGCGGAAUAUAAGCGCGAACACUUGUUUCCUGCAAACGAGGCAGAUAACGCCAGCUCGCUCUUCGCAUUCCCACACCACAGUUUUGUGCACUCCAUCCACACUCUUUUCACCGAUUCCGAAUCAUGGUUUUCUUCGCUCGAUUCCUGGAUUACUAGGGCGAAAAACGAGUCAUUCCUCAUCGAUGUGAACUGGGUCCGUUGGACUCUGCAAUCUCUGGUCGAAGUCGCUCCCUUGAGCCAAGAAUUCGCUGAGGUUGCUCUGGCGGUUGAGCUCGUGUGCGAUAGCAAUCUGGCGACAAAAUACGCGAAAAAACUGUUGAAAAAGCGGCCAAGUCUCAGACUGUACAACGCAUUGGCGCUCAUUCACCGUCGAUCUGGCAAUCAUGAUUUUGCGGAUAAUGUGUGGAUUACCACUAUCGAGAUAGGCGGUCCGUCCUUGGAUCCUCGCACGGUCCAAAGUGGAAUCGUUUGGAACUCGAUGAUUUGGGAAAUGCUGCACAGUCACAACCCCCAUCGAGCAGCGGCUCUGCUCAAGGUUCUACCUUCCGGCAAAGUCGGCGAUUCUCUGAAAUUGUCAAAUGAUGCGGAACUGGCGGAUUUCAGCCCUGCUGAUGUGCUCAGGACGAAAGAGUUUUUGCUCCGAGCUCAACAGCGCGCCUGGGCUCCCGUAGAGCCCGAAACAUACGUUGCUUGGGUCGACAGCCUCGCAAUCCUCUAUUAUCUCACUAAACAGCCCUUCGACCGUGUCCUCGGUGUCUACAACAACAUACUUUCUACACUGGAAGCUGGCAUAAUUGGCAUUCAAAACUGGACAGAUCUCACGGUUGAACUGCUCCACCAAGCCCGAGCCCAGCUCAUGUAUCAUCACAUCAAAUCGGCUCGCGUGUUCAAGUCGGCUCAAAUCCGCACCGCCCUUCUCCAGAGCAUAUCUCUGUUUCCCGAAAAUACCAUGUUCUUAUCACUCCUUAUGUUGAAGGAUAUCAAGAUCGGCAUCUUUGAUCGCUUCAGUGAUGUUCGCAGCAUGACCGAAAUGACUGAUCUCAACACCCUCCAUGAUUGGCACGAUGACAUUAACAUAACUGACAUAAUUUCUCGGGGUGUUCCAGUUUCAACGCACCUCCUGUUAAUUUACAUGGAAUUCGUUUGCCCAGCCUUCGGCAAGACGGUUGUCGGUUCCAUCCGAUCGGCCUUUGAAAACGCUAUUGGUGACCGCCCCGUCUCAGGUCCUUCAGGGAAAGUCCUUGGCAGCAACAAGGCUCGGCCGAACCUCAGUCUCUGGAAAUGGUACAUCUUGUACGAGUUGUAUUGCAACAAUGACGUUUCCCGUGCUAAAGCCGUCUUCUACCGUGCCAUCCGCACAUGUCCCUGGUCAAAGGAGCUUAUCAUGAUUGCUUUUGAGCACUUGCGUGGUGAUCUCACGCAGCUUUUGCAUAAGCCACUGAGUGAGACCCCACAAGGAGAAAACGUCGCCUUUGGUCUGAGAUUUGAUGCCCUCCAGGAGAUCUACAUGUCCACCUGUGAAAAGGACAUCCGUCUCCAUGCACAAAUUGACCGCUGGAUUAUGGAUAUCGUCACAAGCAGUGGGUAUGUUGCGGAUGGUCUCGAGCCAGGUCAGGAGCCAAAUGAUGCUGAGUUGAAGUUGGCCCGUGCCUUUCCCUCGCCUGGGAGUAUUCUUGAGGGGAGGCUUUGA